AUGACUACCUACAGCCAAGAUAGCGAAGCGACUGUUAAAGGUGGAAUAGUAGUAGCUGCAGAAGGAAGGGCUUUCGAAAUGUUGCAGACUAGAGGAAAACAAUCUAAGGAAAGUACAGAAACCGAGGGAAAACAUAAGAAUGUUGAAGAAAGAGAAUUAAACAACACAAUGAAGCAUAUCAUAGAAAACUCCAAACAAAAUGAGACAAAUAAGUUAACUGAAACAAUGAAAAAGACAAAAUCUCGGCUGGUCAAAAGUAUAAUUUUAGUAGAAGAAUCACAGCCAGGACCACCACGUUUUAACUCGAUAUCUGACAUUGACACUUCUGGAAAUUGUUCUAUAUUUCAGGCAUCAGCCAAUCAGAGAGCUGGACGUGCUGGUCGUGUCUCAGCUGGAAAGUGCUUUCGUCUUUACACAGCAUGGGCAUAUAAAAAUGAACUUGAAGACAAUACAAUACCAGAAAUACAGAGAACUAAUCUUGGAAAUGUUGUGUUGUUACUCAAAAGUUUAGGAAUUAAUGAUCUCAUUCACUUUGACUUUAUGGACCCACCACCUCAUGAGACUCUUGUGUUAGCACUGGAACAGUUAUAUGCUCUUGGUGCACUGAAUCACAAAGGGGAGCUAACUAAGCUAGGAAGAAGAAUGGCUGAAUUCCCUGUAGAUCCAAUGUUGUCAAAAAUGAUCUUAGCAUCAGAAAAAUACAAGUGUUCUAAAGAGAUUCUUACAAUAACAGCAAUGUUAUCUGUGAACAACUCAGUUUUUUAUCGACCCAAAGAUAAGGUUGUGCAUGCAGAUACUGCUCGACAGAAUUUCUUCCUUCCUGGUGGGGACCAUAUAACGUUGAUGAAUGUCUACAACCAGUGGGAAGAAACUGGGCACUCGACUCAGUGGUGCUUUGAGAACUUUAUACAAUACAGGUCAAUGAAAAGAGCAAGAGAUGUACGUGAUCAACUGGAGGGUCUGAUGGAAAGAGUGGAAAUUGAGGUCUCAUCUAAUCCACUUGAUACCGCCAAUAUUAGGAAGGCCAUUACAGCAGGCUUCUUCUAUCACACAGCAAAACUGGACAAGGGAGGUAACUACAGAACAGUCAAACAUAACCAAACAGUUAUGGUCCACCCCAACAGCUCCCUAUUUGAAGACAGACCAAAAUGGCUCAUCUAUCAUGAACUAGUUUUUACAACAAAGGAAUUCAUGAGACAGGUGAUUGAGAUAGACAACAGCUGGUUACUAGAGGUUGCUCCACAUUACUACAAGGCCAAGGAACUGGAAGACGGAUCCGGAAAGAAAAUGCCAAAAAGUACAGGAAAGUCACGGGAAGAAGUGACAAGGACUUACUGACAGCUGCUGCAGAUUUUGCCAUGUAUUCAAACAGCCAUUUCAACAUGUCUCUUAAAGACAACUCUACAAAGUGUGCUGAAAGAUUGUUCUAGAAAAAAUGGCCUCAGAUGCAGGAAUGAAGAGGUUGAUUGGAAUCUAUGGAUGAACUCUUUACUCCAUAAUUAAAUAGACAUGUACUGGUAGUUAAUAUCAUUAAGAGUAGUGGCACUACUACAAUCGUCUACUAUUCUUAACCGGAAAGUUUACAUUUUUAACAGUCAAAAUGAAAGAACAUUUUGAAUUUAUGAUGAAUGGAUAUGUAUUUACUGGAUUUUGGCAAAAGCUUUAAGCUGUACAGUAUAAACAGAUUUGAAACUUAAACAGAACAGUGAGCAAAGUCUCAUUUUAUCUCAUACAAAACGAGAUGUUAUCAAGCAUGCAGUAAUAGCUGUCACAUUUAUAUUUGAUAAAUAAGAGCUGGUAAAUCUUACUAUAAUUAGAUUAUGACAUGAUUCACAAACUAUGUCAGAGAUGUACAUGUAUGUGUCUUUAUAUCAGCUGACUUAAUUUAUUUCAAUUUUGAUUUCAUUUUGAAGUAGAAAAGGAUAUAAAUCAGAAUUGAUGAUAAAAAAACCCCAGACAAAUGAUACCCUGUUAUUUUAUAGCUUUUCAGAAACCCUUUCAGUAAAACAUUCAGAAAUUCUUUUUAGCUCACCUGUCACAAAGUGACAAGGUGAGCUUUUGUGAUCGCGCGGCGUCCGUUGUCCGUGUGUCCAUGCAUAAACUUUUGCUUGUGACCACUCUAGAGGUCACAUUUUUCAUGGGAUCUUUAUGAAAGUUGGUCAGAAUGUUCAUCUUGAUGAUAUCUAGGUCAAGCUCGAAACUGGGUCACAUGCCAUCCAAAACUAGGUCAGUAGGUCUAAAAAUAGAGAAACCUUGUGACCUCUCUAGAGGCCAUAUUUUUCAGUGGAUCUUCAUGAAAAUUGGUCAGAAUGUUCACCUUGAUGGUAUCUAGAUCAAGUUCGAAACUGGGUAUCGUACGGUGAAAAACUAGAUCAGUAGGUCUAAAAAUAGAUAAACCUUGUGACCUCUCUAGAGGCCAUACUUUUCAAUGGAUCUUCAUGAAAAUUGGUCAGAAUGUUCACCUUCACGAUAUCUAGUUCAUAUUGGAAACUUGGUCACGUGCCAUCAAAAACUAGGUCAUUAGGUCAAAUAAUAGAGAAACCUUGUGACCCCUCUAGAGGCCAUAUUUUUCAUGGGAUCUGUAUCAUUCAUCUUGAUGAUAUCUAGGUCAGGUUCGAAACUGGGUCAACUGCGGUCAAAAACUAGGUCAUUAGGUCUAAAAAUAGAAAAACCUUUUGACCUCUCUAGAGGCCAUAUUUUUCAAUGGAUCUUCAUGAAAAUUGGUCAGAAUGUUCACCUUGAUGAUAUCUAGGUCAAGUUCGAAACUGGGUCACGUGCGGUUAAACUCUAGGCCAGUAGAUCUAAAAAUAGAAAAACCUUGUGACCUCUCAGAGGCCAUAUUUUUCAUGAGAUCUUCAUGAAAAUUAGUGAGAAUGUUCACCUUGAUGAUAUCUAGGUCUUCAGGAACAAGGUCAUUAGGAUAAAUAAUAGAAAAACCUUGUGACCUUUCUUUAGGCCAUAUUUUUCAAUGGAUCUUCAUGAAAAUUGGUAUGAUAUCUAGGUCAGGUUCAAAACUCGGUCACAUGAGCUCAAAAACUAGGUCACUAUGUCAAAUAAUAGAAAAAACGAUGUCAUACUCAGUUCAAAACUGGGUCAUGUGGGGACAGGUGAGCGAUUCAGGACCAUCAUGGUCCUCUUGUUUAUAAUGUAGUGGUUAUUGAACUAACUGAAACCUACAAGUAUAAUAAAGCUUUUGAAAAUUUCUCCACCUUUUGGUUACCUGAUACCUUUCUAUAGGUUGAAGUGCUUAAAACACACUGAUGUUAUAUGCAAAUGCUUGAAAGAGGCCACUAGCCUAAUUGCAAAAUUUAUGAUUUUCAUUUCUGCUUAGUUCUGUGAUUUCAGGAUGAACUAUAAAUUUAUAUUUAUUGCAGUUUCCAAAAUAUUUGUGGUACAUAAAAAAAUAACUGUUGGCAUUCAGAAUAAGUUUUUGUUACAGAAAUAUUUGAUUAACCAAUUCAGUGUAUAUGAUAUACCUACUGUAUGGCUUGCUUAUAUAAGGAGUCUUGUGAUUCCAUUUUGAAGUAAUUUUCUGUGUUGCACAUGGAAAUCUACUUACCUCUUUCACGGUCACAGUAACUUUCCUUGUUUUAGUUUGUUUCUGGGAAAUGCAUACCUGCAACAUGAUAUGAGUCCGCCCACUUAGGGAGCACGCAGAUCUACAAAUAGAGGGGUCCCGAGUUUGAUAUCCGGGAAUCCGGGAGAGGAGUAUACUCUCCAUGGUGAUUUGAUAAAAGACAUUGUCUGAAAUUGUUCAUUUUCAACCUCUGUUUCAUGUAGGGAAGUUGGUAGUAACUUGCAGAGAACAGGUUAGUACUGUUACAGAAUCCUGGAACACUGCUAAGGUUAACUACCCGCCCUUACAUAACUGAAUUUCUGUUGAAAAACAGUGUUGAUGUCAAAACAAGCAAAGCAAACAUGAUGUGACUGGUUGUAGCUGAGAAAUGGGAUAAAUCUAUAUAUUUGUAAAAUAUAUGUGGAUAAAGUUUUCAGAAAUAAACUAUGAACAACUAAACAA